AUGGCGCGAUCAUUUGCAGAUAACAACGCAAUACCCAACGGCUGGCGUACUCGACACCCGGGAUCUGCCAUCUGGAUCGUCAUCGCUAUCUUUCGGGGCUUUUUGGAGGCAUUUUUCUACAGCCUGCAUGAUACGGCUUCUCGAGAGAGUCUUUCAUAUUAUCACGGAAUUGGUUUCACGCAAUCUUUGAGCCUGGAAGCGGGCAAAAUCGGCGAUCGCUGGGUGACCAUAGACCCAGCGCCAGCGGCCGCAUAUUGCGGUGACUUCGCGAGUGACACUAUCAAACCAGAGACGGUCGGCGGUACCUGGUAUCCAAGUCUACCAUUGAAACAGUCGCUGCUGGAAGAACAAGGCCUAGUGGUUUUGUCCUUUAAUUCUGGCUCGCUCCUAUGGCUGACUGGACGGCCGGAGGACUCAGGCCCCACUGCAACUAUGCUGAACAACAGUCUGGGCAACAAUACUCGCUCUUUUUGGCUGCAGUACCGUCUCGCCGGUGGCAGUAACCCAACACCAUAUCCCGGGGCCAUGCAAGACGCGGUAACAGCAUACAUCUACCUCACCAAAGACAUGGGAAUAUCCCCAUCGCGCAUUGUUCUCGCAGGCGAUUCCACAGGCUCGACCAUUGCAGUCGCACUGCUGCGCUAUCUUACCUCCAUCAAGGAGGUAAAAGAUCAUGAACUCGCCGAGCUUCCACCUCCAAAGGCAUGUCUUUUGUUUUCGCCCUCGGUCGAGUAUUGCUUCGAAGGUGAUCCGGAGGCUGUCAGCGCAAAUAGGAAUAUUAAGACCGAUUAUGUCGAGGCGCGUAUGAUGGCAUGGGGUGCAAGGGCAAUUGCGUUACCUGAGACCGUGCGACUGGAUGAUCCGUAUAUCUCUCCAGCGCUGCAUCCAUUUGCUAAGCCGGUUCCAAUUUUCGUUCAGGCGGGUGGCGCGGAGGUUCUCGCUGAUAGUGUUCGUGGAUUUGCCACCGCGAUGAGCUCUGUCCCGGGCAAUGUGGUAGAACAUUUUGAAGUUCCAGAUGUGCCACAUGAUAUUUAUGUUGUGGGCACUAUUGUCGGAUGGCCGAAGGAGCAAGAAGAGAUCCAUGAAGCUGCGGCCAGAUUUGUUCUACAAUAA